AUGUCAGUGAUCACCCCACAACGGUUGGUCCACCUUUCCACCCAAUAUAAAAGUCUUACUGAUAGCUGGUUUCUUAUUUCAAUUGUAGCUUUAAACAUUUGCAAUCUCCCUGAAGAAAUCCCCAAAGUUUAUCAUUAUGCGUUAGAGCUCUACGCUAAUAAUGGCUCUCCUACCAUACAAACGGCGGAGAGGUCCUUGAAAACAUGUCAGACAUUAAUCGACCGAUAUGCAGUCUCACUAGAGUUCCAAAAUGAUAAGGAUCUCAUCAAGCAGAAACACGUUACUUCAAGAGCUAGAGAAGCUCUGCUGAAGUCAGCAGCCUUGGGAGGAUUACCAAAGUGCAUAAAUUCUAUGAUGCUUCUUAAAGAAGCCACUCCAUUAUCAUUAAGAGAGACAGCGGUCAAAAGAGACUUUUUGCUUUCCGAAGAGGCAGUAAGAACUGAAAGAGAAAGAGGAAGGCAGUUUUGGAACAGUGUUUAUGGAAAGAUUUCAAAUAGAGUGAUGGGCCAAAUGAACACCGCCUACCCUGAUCUAUGGCACUAUACCUUCAACCAUGUGUACGCUCCACUAUUGAGUUUUACAGAUGUAUUGUCAGUAAAGGAGACAAGUCUGGUUGUGAUCUCAUGUUUAAUUCCGCAAGAUGUCAAUCCGCAAUUGAAGGGUCAUCUUAAAGGCGCAGUGAAUAACGGAUGUACUCUGGAAGAGAUUAGAGACGCCAGGUUGUUAACUAUUCAAUUAUCGAAUUGGUGUGGUGUUAAAUGGAAAGGAGAAGUAGCGAGUCUAUGA